AUGUCGUCCGCGAUUCAGAAAUGGGUUAUGGACCCGGCGAACCACGACUUUCUCGCGAUUGUCAAGGGCGCCCGCAACGGUCUCGUGUACGGGUGCAAGGUGCGGUUCCCGCAUGCGUUGGUCAUGGCUGCCCUCUUCUCGCACAAGCCGUGGAGCACGCGGAUUCACGGUAUCCUGACAGCGACCCGGACGCACGCAAUGAGCCUCGCCAAGUUUGCGGUGGUUUACAAGAUCAUGCUGCUCGUGCAGAAGCGGCUGAACGGGGGUAUGGAGCGUGAUCUCGACACGUUUGUCGCGGGUGGGAUCGGCGGUUACACCGUGUUUGGGGAUCGCACACCGAUCAAUGAGCAAAUCGUGCUGUAUAUCAUGUCGCGCGCCAUCCUCUCCUUCAUCCCGCGGCUCUACAGCAACUCGCCAAACCCACCCAAGACGCCGUGGCAGCCCCUCGACCACCCCCUUCCAUCCCUUACCAGCCCCGAGGCCAACCCGCGCCCGAUCCCCCCGGCAAACAUUCCGUUUGCCAUCGUCGCAUCCCUCUCCUGGGCAGCGGUCAUGUACAUGUUCCGCCACCGUGGCGAGCGCCUCCAGCCUGGCAUUAUCAACUCGAUGCGUUACAUCUACCACGAGUCGGACACUUGGACUUCGCUCAAGACACUCCUCUGGCACAACAAGUAG